AUGGCGCGAAACAGUGAAAAGGCGCAGUCGAUGCUGUUCCGGUUCCGGGCCCAGCAGGCCGCGGAUCUCGGCAUCAUCGACAUCGGACGCACGCGCCGCCCCAAGGCCAUCACGUCGGUGGACUCGAUCCCGAACUGCGAAAAAUGGCGCGGCCAGGUCCUGAAGGAGAUCUCGCGCAAGGUGUCCCGCAUCCAGGAGUCCAGUCUCAGCGACUACCAGAUCCGCGACCUGAACGACGAGAUCAACAAGCUGAUGCGCGAGAAGUGGGCCUGGGAGAUGCAGAUUCGGAACCUGGGCGGGCCCAACUACAUGCGUGGCACGGGGAGGGUGUACGAUGAUGAAGGGCGCGAGAUACCCGGCGGCGGCAAGGGGUAUCGAUAUUUUGGACGCGCGAGGGAGUUACCCGGUGUUAAGGAGAUGUUUGAGGCGGCUGCUCGACGGGGUCGCGGGCCGGCGGAGGAGGAGGGCGAGGACCGUGGUCGUGGGGGCGAGAUCGCCACGAGGAAGGUCGAUGCGAAUUAUUUUGGGUAUGGACUGGAUGAGGAGGAUGGAACGCUGUUGGCGUAUGAGAAGCAGAAAGAGAAGGAGGCGAAUGAACGUCUGCGCGCGCAGGCAGACGACGAUGCUGAGGAUGGGUGGCAGCCGUUGCCUGGCGAUGCUGGGGACGGGACCGAAUGGCGACUGCCGACUCUCGAUGAGGUGCAGGAAGAGCUGGUGGACCGUCGGAGGAGACGACUGCUGGAUAAGAUCACUUGA